AUGAUCCAAAAUCGAGAAAGAUGGAGUACACUUACUUUACAAGCACAGUUCCUACUACAGGUUCUCAACCACGAGAAGAUAUGGUCCUUUGAAGGGACCUCUCAUUCUGUGCACUAUGGAGAACCAGAUCUUGGUAUCAAGGAGCAACCAAAUUGUGGAGAUCCUUUAAGAUGUGUUGGUCUAAUCAAAAAGGUCAAAAAAUGGACCUGA